AUGACUUUUGUGUAAAGCAAUGUCUACGCUCGCACUUGACAAGUUAAAGAAACGAGCACCUGUAAAAAAAAAGGAAUCGAAAAAGAAGAUCGACCGAUUCGAUGGAUUGUCGGAAGAAGAAGUGCAAAGGUACACUUUGCCGGAUUAUCUGGAAAUGAAUUUGGACAUGGUUUUCGUUGGGAUCAAUCCGAGUUUGAUGGCAGCUCAUCGCGGUCGUUAUUACGCGGGCCCGGGUAAUCAUUUUUAUAAGCUUCUCCAUCAGUCAGGAUUAACGCCGCGAUGCCUAAAAUACGAAGAGGAUUACAAGCUUCCUCGAUAUGGGAUUGGUUUGACGAAUAUCGUUGAACGACCCACGAGAUCCUCCGCCGAUCUGAAGCGAACAGAGAUCAAAGAGGGUUGCGAGAUUGUAAAGGAAAAGCUGAAAACUUAUAAACCAAAAAUUGCUGUUUUCAAUGGUAAAUGUAUCUACGAUGUAUUCGCUAAGAAAACGAAUAACUUCAAUUUUGGUUUACAACCAGAACGAAUCGAGGAUGUCGCGCUGUGGGUCACACCUUCGAGUAGCGCUCGUUGUGCAAAUUUUCCUAAAAUGACCGAUAAGUUACAUUUUUUCACCGCUUUGAAGAAAUACUUGCAAUUCUUGAAGGGAGAAAUCGAAGAAAUCGACAUCAAAGAAUUCUUGUUCGAGGGAAAAUGUAAACAGUUUAUACCGCGAACAUCGAAAAUGUGGAGACGACGAGACGUGUCCGCGUUCUUGCAUGGGGGAAGAAUUGCUAACAAAAAUACCGUGUGUCUGGAUACGUCCGAUGAGAACGUGGCUGUAGUUCAUAGUACAGAAUUCAUCGUGAAACGAUUAGAAGAAGACGAACGUAACGAAAUCAAAGGAACGCCCGACACCGAUGAAACUGAAUCGUUGAAAAAUUCAGAAGCCAUUAUUACGCAGGGACCGGUAAAACUAUUUUUUGAAAACGAUGUAUCGUUUCCAAAAGAUCAAACAAAACUUAUACACAAUGGAGAGAACAAUAUAGAUUGUACUGAAAUCACUAAUUGCGGAGAUAUCGCAGAACCUAAAUCCAUAUUGUCUAAAGUUAGAGAAACUAAUAUGAAGAAAAGCAAAAGGACUAAAAGACCUUCUGAAAAACCAACUGACAUUAAAGAUCCUAUUAGAAAGAGGUGUGUAGAAUCAGAUUUUAUAAGUUUAAUAAAACAGAGACUAGAAGAAAAAGAAAUCAAUUAUAUU